GGCCAGGAUGUCGAACGGCGCAGGGGACCGACGCAAGGUCAGCGUCUUGAUGGUCUGUCUUGGGUAAGUGAUAUCUCCGGAAGACGAGUCUCUCACGCCACACAGGAAGUGAGCGUACACCCAACGCCCACGCUUGGAUCUGAGACUGACACCGGCCGUCCUACCCGUAGCAUAUGUCGCUCUCCCAUGGCGGAGGCUAUUCUGAUAGAUCGCCUCUCAAAACGCGGCUCUGCGUCGAAAAUACUCGAUAUUACGGUCGAUUCCGCAGGCACAGGAGCGUAUCACGCAGGAGAACCCGCAGACGAGAGAACGAUAACCACAUGCCAGAAGCAUGGCGUUCCUGUGACAUCCAUCGCCAGACGACUGACCCCAGAAGACUACGCCAAAUUUGACUACAUAUUGGCGAUGGAUGAGUCCAAUCUCGACACGAUCCGUCAGCGGAAGCCCCCUUCAUCCAAAUGCUCCAUCUCUCUCUUUGGAUCUUAUGAUAGCUCCGCGGGCAGAUCCAGGACAAUUGACGAUCCAUACUACGGUGGUCGACGUGGGUUUGAAGAAGCGUACGAGCAGUGUGUGAGAUUUGCCGAUGGAUUUUUGGACCAUUUAGAAAAGGCCGAAUGAUCCCAUGUCAACCAUUUAUCGUAUGCGGCCACGAUCGGCUUCACGACUUCUCCACCAUUUGCCCACUCUCCCAUCGAUACAUCGGGCCUUUGCCGACAUUGUAUUGAUUGUAGUUCUGAGUCGCAUACUUGACGACGCCUUUCCUAAAAGUGAUAUUGAUUCGACCUUCGGCACUCUUCCU